UCACACACAGACAUACACCACCUCCUCCUCUAUCUCCAUCUCCUCCUCCUCCAUCAUUACCAUGCCCGCCUUCUCCUACCUCCCUAGGGUGCCAGGGAGCGCGCACACCCACUUCAAAUCCAUGUGCAGCCCGGAGAGGAUCGUCCCUAUCCGCCUCCUGCAGCCAGGAGCUGGGGGCCAAUCUGUGUUCUCGGGGAUCACCAUGCACCUGUCUGCCCCCCACCUGCCCAAGGCUCAGGAGCAGGCUCCCCCCGAGCCGCCCUCCUCCCCCGAGCUGCGGGCCUGGCUGAGCGACAUGGUGCAGCAGGACAGCAGCAGGCCCGAGCAGCAGCCUCACCAGGCCCCGGAGUAUGAGUGGGGCCCCACUGGGGGCCAGGAGCAGCCCGAGGAGCCUCCCAGCGGCCCCUCCAUCACCUUCGGCUCGAACAACAGCAAGGAGAGGCUGGCCCUGCACUGGGCCGAGCUGGACAAGCAGGACAAGUACCUCCGCGAGAAGCACCGCUAUCGAUUUCACAUCAUCCCGGACGGCAACUGCCUGUACCGGGCGGUGAGCAAGGCGAUCUACGGGGAUCAGGGCCUGCACUCGGAGCUGCGGGAGCAGACCGUGCAUCACGUGGCCGACCACCUGGACACCUUUAACCUCAUCAUCGAGGGCGACGUGGGCGAGUUCCUCAUCAAUGCGGCCCAGGACGGAGCCUGGGCUGGCUACCCGGAGUUACUGGCAAUGAGCCAGAUGCUGGACAUCAACAUCCACCUGACAACAGGGGGCAGGCCUGAGUGCCCCACCGUCUCCACCAUGGUCCAUCACCUGGGCCUCCAGGACCCCUCCAGGCCCUGCAUCUGGCUCAGCUGGCUCAGCAAUGGCCACUAUGAUGCUGUGUUUGAUCAGCCCUUGCCCAACCCGGAGUAUGAGAAUUGGUACAAGCAGACCCAGGCACAGAGACAGAGAGACCAGGAGCUGGCCAAAUCCAUGGCUAUAUCCCUCUCCAAAAUGUACAUUGAGCAGAACUCCUGAGACAGUGGUCCAGAAUACACCUUCCCCCUCCAUGGAAGGACAGACUCUUAUUGAUGGUGUUUGGGGUCCAUUACACUCCAGUCCAUGCUUGCAAGCACUUUAAAGCAGUGAUGGCUACAUUUUGGCACCCACCACCCCAUAAUGUUGCUGGUUACCUUUUUUCCUAGAUGCUUGGCCUUUUUUUUUUUUUUGCUUUUUUUUUUUUUUUGGGAGGCUGAGCAUCAUUCAAGUAUCUUCAAGGUAGCUGUUAAAUAUUUGCAGUGCCAAAGGUUAGCUAUCACUGCUAUAAACCUUCCCAUGUACUGCACACUUUGAUGCCUUACCCCAUCUUUGUUUAAGAAGCCUGGUAGCUGCAAAGCAAAAGGUUUGCAGCCCAUUACUAUUUUGGAUAAUACAUGGAUCUUUGUUUAAUUGCACACUUUGUUUUGGUCAUCUAAAACUGUCAGUGUGGUGUGUGGUUUUUUUUUUUUUUUUUUUUCUUUCUUUCUUUAGACUGGUUUUCAGAAGAGGCAUUUCAUAUUUUGAAUCAUUACAUUGCCUCCUCUGUUAGAAUACUGUAUACAGAACAUUAUGUGGUAUGUUUAAUGUUAAACACAUAUGGAUUUGUUUUGUUGAUUGCAGAAUGGUAUUACCGGGUAAAAACUGUCCAUUAACAUAAAGUUCUUUGUCUCAGGCCCAAGUGGAUUUUUUGGGGCAUAUAAGCUAAAAUGAGACCCCAUGUGUUUAGUGUGGGGUCUGUUGAUAUUUUGGAGAACUGUUUUUUGUUUUUUGUUUUUCCUUUGCAGCGCAGUAUUUAUUAAUGCAAUUCCUAUUUUUCAACUUUGUAAUAUUUCAGGAUUUGUAUUAUGUACAUAUACUAGUUACAUUCCAAGUUAGCAUGGAAUGAAUAAAUUUUCUUAACUUUGUA